AUGGAUUUGGAUUAUAGUACGUAUGUUGCUUGGUUAAUGGUGGAUUUGACCUUGCUAGAUAAAAGAACAAAGGUAAAUCCUACUGAGAAGAAAUGCAAGUUAGCAUUGGGUUCAGCUGACCAUAUUGUUGCUCUUGCAACGGUUAUGACAAGCGAUGGUCCAUUAGAAGUUUGUCAUGGGACUCCAUUGGGAGAUGACAGAUUACGUGUUUCUGUUUAUGCUGCUUUGGAGGAAAAGGCUGUGAUUCCAUUUGUUGUAGAAGAUGAGAUUACGACAGUAAAGCAAGCUAUGGGGAGCUGGGUAAUGUGGCCGAAAAACCUGAUCAUAUUUGAUGAAAAGAAAAAAACAAGUGGUAAAGCAAGUAGGAAGCAGAAAAAGAAUCAGUUUACGCAAGAUGUAGAAGAAGAGUUUGACUUGCAGUCACUCGAAUCAAGCUUGCCAGCCGCAUUGCAGAAGUUAUGUCAGUGGGGAAAAGAAGGAUUCAAAGAUAGGAAAGCUGUUUGCUUUUAUAAAGAAGAGCGGGUAUUUGGUAUUAAUGCUAAGAGCUAUCUACUUGACUUGGAUGUUAAGAGGCUUGCAAAUAUGGCAGAAGUAACAGGAACCCUUAUAGUGUUGUACAUGAGGUACUUAUAUGAUGUACUAAAAGAGUCUAUGAUGCUAGACAUGGUUGGUUUCAUUGACCCAGCAUUGAUUGGUGAGAUAGGGUGUGGGAGUGCAACAACGAGGUCCCGAAGUAUAAAAGAUCGGCUGAUAAGUGCUUCUCCAAAUCAGAUUUUCUUGCUGCCUUACAAUGCAUCUGCUCAUUGGAUAUUAACUGUGAUUGAUCCGAACAAUGAGACUGUCUAUUACAUGGAUCCAUUAAAAAGACGCCUUGGGGGUAACGGAGAAUGGAAAGAUAUUGUUGACACGUAA